AUGAAAGUACUAUCACAAAUUGUAGCAACUGUUCUUGUAGCUUACCUUACUCUAGCUCUGGGAGUAAAGGUGAACACACACCAAACGAGUGAAGACGAAGACUUUCAGGAGAUCAUUAAGAAACAUGUCAAAAGGACCAUUUCGACAAAAUUUGGUGAAGUCUUUGAUUGCGUUGACAUUUAUCAACAACCAACUCUUCAUCAUCCGCUGCUAAAGAACCAUUUGCUACAGAAGAAACCAAGCUCUUACCCAAAAGGUUUCCACUUUAAAUCAUCAUCUUCAGCUAACACAACGGAGUCAGCAUUGCCUAUGGUUGCAUGCCCAGUAGGUACGGUACCAAUAUUACAAAAAACUAAUAAAGUUGGACACAUUCCCCUGUGGAGCAAUUCUCUUGCUGCUGGAGGCGAGAUAGCUGGGAUCAAGACCGAAGGUGAUAUAUAUGGUGCACGAGUAACACUUAACAUUUAUGAGCCACAAGUGAAAGGACAUGGAGAUUUUAGUUCACAAGUACUUACUCUCAUGCAUGGUGAGGAUGGUCCUCUUGAGGCCAUUGUAGUUGGUUCAAUGGUAUCACAAACUUUUGGAGACAGCUUUGCUAGGUUCCAUAUUAUUUGGCUGGGGAACAACCAUAAGUCUUGCAUGGAUUUUCAUUGCCAAGGUUUUGUGCAAACUGUACCUCACAUUGGAGUUGGGGCAAGAAUAUCUCCGGUUUCUACCUACAAUGGAAAGCAAGUGGAUUUACAACUUAUGCUUUUCCAGGAUCCAAAGAAGAAGCAUUGGUGGCUAUUCUAUGACACAAAACCCAUAGGAUAUUGGCCAAAUUUAUAUUUUACAAAACUGAGAGUCAAGGCGAAUAUAGUAGAAUUUGGUGGACUUGUUAAUGGACCAACAAUUCAUCAAGACCCACCGCAGAUGGGAAGUGGACAUUUCGCAGCUGAAGGGAAUGGAAAGGCCGCCUAUGCUAGGGAUGUUAAAAUAGUAGAUAGCAGUUACAAAGUUGUUGAUUUGAACUUCGAUAAGAGCUUUGCUUAUUCUACAAAACCACCAUGCUACACGGUUGAUUCAUUUGAUCAUAAUAGUGAUGGGGCACAUGUCUACUAUGGUGGACCGGGUGGUUGCCACCCUUCUGUGCGAUAGAUUCUAUGUAUUAAUGAUUUGUCUAAAUAAUGAAGAA